GGCCGGGCGCGGGUGACGUGUCGGCCUCCGGUGCGGGGGUCGGUGGGUCCGGCGGGAGCGGCCGAGGCGGCGGAGCGGGGAGCCCGAAGGAGGGAGCGGCGGAGCGGAGCCCGUCAGAGAGGCGCGCGCCGGGAGGAGCAGGCGGCCCGGCCAAUCGGCGGCGGGGAGGCGCAGGCGGCCCGGCCAAUCGGCGGCGGACGGAGGCGGGGAGGAGCAGCCGGCUCGGCCAAUCGGCGGCGAAUACGAGGUUAUGCGUCUCGAUGAACACGCGGAAACGCUACGGAUCUAAGAACACGGAUCAGGGAGUCUACCUAGGUCUCUCGAAGACGCAGGUCGUCCCGCCCGCGGCGCCCGGCGGCGGCGGCCCUCCGCGACCCGCUGCGGCCCCGGCCCCUCCCCCUCCGGACGCCAUGUCCUGCCGAGACCGGACCCAGGAGUUCCUCUCCGCCUGCAAAUCCCUGCAGAGCCGGCAGAACGGGCUGCAGACCAAUCGACCGGCUCUGAGCGCCGUCCGGCAGCGCAGCGAAUUCACCCUCAUGGCCAAGCACAUCGGGAAGGACCUCAGCAACACCUUCGCCAAGCUGGAAAAGCUGACAAUCCUGGCAAAGCGCAAGUCCCUGUUUGACGACAAAGCGGUGGAGAUCGAAGAGCUCACUUACAUCAUCAAACAGGACAUCAACAGCCUCAACAAGCAGAUCGCCCAGCUGCAGGACUUUGUGAGAGCCAAGGGCAGCCAGAGCGGCCGCCACCUGCAGACCCACUCCAACACCAUCGUGGUCUCCUUGCAGUCCAAGCUGGCCUCCAUGUCCAAUGACUUCAAGUCGGUGCUAGAAGUGAGGACCGAGAACCUGAAGCAGCAGAGAAGCCGCAGGGAGCAGUUCUCCCGCGCCCCAGUGUCAGCCCUCCCCCUCGCUCCCAACCACUUGGGCGGCGGUGCGGCGGUGCUGGGGGCGGAGCCCCGGGCCGCGGGCGACGUGGCCAUCGACAUGAUGGACUCGCGGACCAGCCAGCAGCUGCAGCUCAUCGACGAGCGGGAUUCCUACAUCCAGAGCCGGGCCGACACCAUGCAGAACAUCGAGUCCACGAUCGUGGAGCUGGGCUCCAUUUUCCAGCAGCUUGCACACAUGGUCAAGGAGCAGGAAGAAACCAUUCAGAGGAUCGACGAGAACGUACUGGGAGCCCAGCUGGACGUGGAAGCAGCACAUUCAGAGAUCCUCAAGUACUUCCAGUCAGUGACCUCCAAUCGCUGGCUCAUGAUCAAAAUCUUCCUCAUCCUCAUCGUCUUUUUCAUCAUCUUCGUGGUCUUCCUCGCCUGAGCCCUCUCCACCCCCGCGGCGACCCAGACGGGACGGAUCUCCUCGGCGUGGGGGUGGGGGCUCGGUUGCGGCCGGUCCUCCUCGGUGUGGUGGUAGGUGGCCGUCUCCGGGGGCCGAAGAGCUCCUCCUCUCUCCCCGGACUGAUAAGGAUGGCCGAAACCCCUUACCUCCCACUUCCCACUUUUCUAUAUUUGGACUCUGCUGUGAAGGGGGCGGGAGGGACGGGGGCCCCCGGCUUCCCCGUUCCGUCGGCACCCGGCUCCGGGGGUCCUCCCCGGCCUCUUCCCAGGGCCCGUCGGGCCCAUCGCACAUACGGGGAAGACCCCUCUCCCUCCUCCCGGCCCCCUCCCUCCCCCCGUCCCCCAUCUCCUCCCCCCCCGGGGGAGAGGAGAGGAGGGCAAAUCGAACCCGGGCGCUAACUCUGUUAAUCCCCUUCUCUCCACUCCACCUGGGGCCCCCCCCGGGUCCCUUUCGGCCCCCACCCGCGACUGCCGGCGACCGUGUCAGUUUGCCAAAGGCGGCGUCACCCCCAUAUUGCCCUAAUUACAUCAGAACUCUCAGCCCCUA